AUGGAGGUGGCCCAGAAAAUGCGGAAGUUAUCGGAAACGGUGAAGAAACAGAAGAAACCCCCAGCGCUCAUAAUCCUGCUGCCCGUAGCUGACCACCAUGGUGGUCUGAUUCAGCCGCCGGCCGGUGCCGCAAACAGGUUGGUGCCGGGCGCGGGGACCGCGAGCACGUUCAGCACCCUGGACAGCGCCGCAGGAGGUGACCCGUGCGGCGGAGCGACCGCUCCCGGUUCCGCAGCGCAGCGCGCUUGGCCAGCCACCGGGGACCCAGAGCUUGCCACCGCUUUCCGCGCGCCGCUCCGAGCCGUGACGUCGGCUCUGGCUCUCCGGGACUCCAAGAGCGCGCCCCGCCAUGGGCCCGGGAGAGGCGCUGAGGGCCGUGCGCUGCUGUCCAGCGCGCUGGUGCUGCUCUGCGGCGCCUAGACAGCCGAGCGGCGGCGUGCGUUGCGCGCUUUCCCGGUGAACCCGUCCCUGGGCUACCUGCUGCCGGCGGCGCUAGACAUGCCCUUCAUGCUGCUCGGGAGCUGCGCGGGGCGGGCGCCAUCUGGGCCCAGCGUGUACCAGGCCGCAUGCUUCCUGGACACCUUCCUGGAGUCCAACUCCGUACUUGGCACGGCAGCGCUGAAUGCAGACCGGUGGCUGGCGGUGGGUUUCCCACUCCACCAUAUUUGCCCGGAUGGCCUAGGGUGGGGACGGUCAUUGGUCUUAGCGCUCUCCUGCUCAUGGCUCCUCUACAGCGGAGCCUACGCGUCCUGCUUGCUUCCCCUGCCGCGCCCCGCCGAGCUCCACGCUGCUGGCUUUGCACUGCUGUUCCCUGUGCUCGGCCUCCCCUGGCUCAAGAUGCUGUGGGUGGCCCAGAGCCAUUGCCAGCACUCUGAUGUCGACACCAUGAAGGGGCUUGUGCUGCUCAUGCCCCUGCAUCCCAGGUAG